AUGUAUGCCAACAUUGUUCUCUUCACUGGCCUAGUUGGUUGUGCAGCUGCCACCUCUUCGUCCCUGCCAUACUCUGAAGAAACGCAAAGCUCCGCCGCCUUUGCGUCACCUACCAGCGAGGCUUGCGCCAUCGCGCUGGCAGAACUAAUCUCCAAGAUGGAGAGCUAUAUUUCCAGCUACGACACCAAGGUCACCAACACCGCCGCCUGCUGGUUGACCAUCCCGUCGACUUUUGAUUCUAUCUACUCUUCCUACAUAGAGUUCUCGUAUAGCACGCUUUAA